UUGCCCGGAGGGUUGUUUGUUGUCUUCUUUAAUUUUUAGGGCAUAUUUAUUGAGAAAACGCUUGUUUUAUGUGGAUAUGCUUAUCAUGUGGUUGUAGUAUCCAUCAGUAACGUGUGACUUGAAGAAAUAUGUCUAACACGGCCUCGUCGAGUAAUAAAAAUCAUUCGAAAAAGUCGAACAGCACCCGGGACCGCGACAAAAACAAGUCUGUUACUUCUGAAUCUGGAGGCUCUAGCCAGUGUGAUACUCCUCCCUUGACUGAAAAGGAUGGAGGUUCAUCACAGGGUAAAUUUGCGGGCAUUGGCCCAGACUCAGUGCAGUGCAUGGCGGAGCAGGUCGGUGCCGAGAUCAAUGCUGAAGCGGCCACUAACUUAGCUGAGGAUGUCAGUUACAAACUCCGGCAGAUGAUUUCUACAAUUGCCCUACACAGUGAGAUGAUGAAAAAGUCUCGAGUGGACGGGUCGGACGUUAACACGGCUCUCAUGUUGGCUGACACCAGUCCUGUUGUGGGUGCUUGUGCUGCUACAUAUGCUCCUAUUGGGGACGAGAAACUUUGCUGUCAAGUUGAGAGUCUUCUAAAUGUGGCGGACUUCGCGCUAAUACCUCAAAGUUACGUGUUCUCCACACUGCCCACCGUCUCUGUAGAAUGGAUCACUGAUGAAAAGAGUCUCAAUAACAACAGUAAUAUUAGUGUCAACUUGCAGAAUUACUACACUAAAGUUGCUAGAGCUAUAUUAAACCUUAGGAAAAAACCAAAAGAGAUAGCAGUAGAAGACUUGACAACCAACACACGGAUUGGGCCCAUAUUCCCCAACCUCUUCAACUUAGCAGUAUUAGUACUCAAUGAUGACAACUUGAAUGCUCUCAACGUUCCAGCGAAGAAACCUCUACAGUCAAACGUCUUGGACAUGGUUGACGCACUUUGUUCAAAUCCUUGCAGCUUAGACACAAAUAUUCAGCAACAGUUUCAACGGUUGUUUCCAGUGAUGGUCUCAAAUAUACUUGGUAAUGGUUCACUCGCUGAUAAAAUGGUCACUAUACUGACUAAAAUAACGAGGACAUGGCCAUCUUUUAUAGCAAUAGGAAAAGGAAUACUCUUCGACUACUUAUCACAAGGCACGAAAGAAAGGCUGACUGCGCCAAUGAUCAAAUGCGUCCUCGCGUUAGGACGACAGGCGUUGGUGGAAUGUUUGGGCGAACAUUUGGACCAUUUGGACGAAUGCAUACACAUGAACAGGAGUAGACUGCAGACGGAUCUCAGAGAAGCAAUCAUUGAUGCGUCGACGAGUCUCCUUCGCUCCGAGCCCACGACCCACCUGGAAGAUUACGUGAUGACGGAUUACACCCUGUAUGAGAUACUCGGCGACUCCAUCAUGCCAAGACGGACUAUAUUCCCUUAUAAAGAACCAGUCUCAAACGAAGAAUCCACCGCAGAGAAGACAAAUGAUGAAGAUUUUUCCUACCUCCCACUCCGACCAGUCAUGCGGCGGCCUAAACUACGUCUUGUGCCAACUAACAAUAAACCUUAUAUCAAGAUUCCUAAGGACGCGUUCUUCGAGCCGACUAAGUUCAAGUUAGACCGGUCCAUCAGUAUAAGAAUAAAAAAUUGUAGGUCUAAAGACAUACCAGUGCGCAGGAAGCCAGUGUACAGUGUUACUAGUCAGUCAAAUGUGGUGGCAGCAAGUGGACUCUUGAAUAGAUUUAGGUAUAGACUAAGCAAAACAAGUGCAUUUCCAAUAUUUGGAGCGCUUACCUUAUAAGUAAAUGCUAAGCGAAUUAAAAUAUUUAUUACAUUUCA